UCCUCUGUUUUUCACUCAUUCUUUUCUAUGCUUCAAUCCUGUUACACAGUCUAGAGCAAGGUGUGUGUGUCUGUGUUGUUGCUGUUUUAGGUGAGUGGAGUGGAGUCCACCAAAUAAAUGAUGUUUUUUGAGAAUUUGCCUGAGGAUAUGUUAAGAGCUAUAUUCUCCCUUCUGCUAUUUGGCACAGCUCUGCAAGGGCUCGAGGCUUUAAAAGUGAUCCACUUUGAAGAAGAAGAGGUAGCAGUGGGCCAGAACAUCAGCCUACCGUGCAUCUUCAACGAUACAUUUGAUAUAAAAAUCAGCCAAAUCGAAUGGCUCAAGAAGCCAAGCUUAAAGCUGGUUGUUCACAAUGUGAAGAACGGACCCCACUAUUUCAGGAAUGUUUCGUUGCAAAUUGAGAUUGCCGAUAUUGAUGCACUCCAGGGCUCGUAUCUGCAGCUUUUCAACACGCAGGUAAAUGACAGCGGGACAUAUGUCUGUGAUCUCACAACAUAUCCAAACGGCUCCAUGAGCAGAGAAACACGGCUCGAAGUUAAAGACGCGGAAGUGACAUGUGAUAAGGACAGCACUCUGGAAGUGUCUGUUGGGGACGAUGUCACUGUUCAAUGUGAAGUACGUCUGUAUCCUACGGCACUCUACAAGUGGUUUAAAGAUGGAACCUUGGUGUCAGAGAAUAGCUCCCUGGAGGUUGUGGUGAUGGACGAGUCUCAAGCAGGAGUUUAUACACUGACGGUCUCCACUGGACACAAGACAAUGCAAAGGAGUUUUAACGUUACAGUACUCACACCGACCGAAAGCCCAAGCACAGAGUGGACUACUAUUCUUUCCCAGAAUACAAAUCAUUCAAGUACCGGCGUGGUGUACGUGCCAACCACCGGGCCUGUUGAGGCGUCCUCCACAUUAGAAACCCGCCAAAACGUCUCCAGCUCAGUCCCUACUACUCAAGCCACGACGGAAAACACUUACACCACCGCAGAGUCCCGCAACGAAUCCUUUACCGUGCGGCCGAUCAGCAGCUCCUCAGCGACGACGUUGGGUUCAGAAACCCACCGGGGGUCCACUGAAAGGGCGGGCAAUGUCACGGAGGAGCGCGUCCCAGGGGAUGUGGAUCAGCAACACACAGCCACGUUGACCACAGUAGAGAUUGAGACCGACAUCCCGGACGGCCUGACGAGGACAACCGCGAACCUCUCCUCUUCCCGCCUGACAACCGAAGAGACGGUGGUUAUCGUGAAGACAUCAGGCUCUACGUCUAGUUAUGGGUGGCUGGCCAUCGUUCUGUGUCUGGUCUUGUUUGUCGUGUUCACAGUUCUCUACAGGAGACACAUCGUCCAAAAGAGGCUGGACCUUCCACCUCCGUUCAAACCCCCGCCUCCUCCAUUGAAGUACACCUCACUCAAGCCACAGCAGAUUCCAAUGAACAGCAGCUGCACGUGGGAGGGAGAGCUUGGGGGACAGUGAUGACUUCAUUUUUCCGUGCUCCCGCAUGUAAAGGGAUAGUUGGUCUGUUGCAUAGAAAUAUGAACAUAUUAUACCCAGACUCAUUCCACACAUAGUUUGUUUCGCAAGAGCAACAUUGUGUGUGCGUGUGUGUGUGUUUGUGAGUGUGUGUCUGCAUGUGUGUGUGUGUGUGUGUGUGUGUGUGUGCGUGUGUGUGUGCGUGUGCGUGUGCGUAUGUGCCAAUGUUUGUGUGUGUACAUAGAGCAUGCACAUGACGAUGAGUGAAAGGUUAAAGCUGAUUGGUGCUCUGUUUAGUUCCCACGGCAUUGUGUGCUUUAACAACGUGUGUUUCAAUGUUGUGCUUCAUCUUGUUACCAUAUAUAGAUGUGCUGUGCUCCAUGUCAUAUCUUCUUUCCAUCUGCUUAAUAUGAUCAAACAACAUCCGUGCACAGGUGUGCAGGCCUCUUUCUCUUUUUUUAAGAACCUCAACUUCCUGCUUUGUCUUUUUUCCAUUUCGAUUUUGCAGAGUGACUGCAUGCCGGCAAUAAGGAUAUCUAGAUGAGAAAUUAUUGUAAAUGGUCCACAUCGAUAGACUUGCACCACAUGAAGCACAAACCACUUGUGUAGGCUGACCGGUUAGGUGUUCGAUGUAAUAAAUGAAUGUACAGGAAAUGCUAUUUUCUUACUAUGCUUUUAGAUACCGAAAUUUGAUCUGGAUUAUAUUUUAUCUUAUCCAAUUAUAUAUAUGAAUAUACAUAUAAUUAUACACAUUUGUAUCAUCUUAACGUAUAAAAAUAUCCAUAUAUUAUGCAUAUGUAUAUAUAUAAAUAAAAAAUGCUCAUUAUUAAUAUGAUAAUUUGAUAUUAUUAUCAGAUAUCGUUAUUAUCAGAUAUCAGAUAUCAGUUGUGUGCUUAUUUCUGA